GAUGAACGUGAACUGUCGAGGAACCGUCCAAAUAAGGAUGCUAAAUCCCGGUGUGGUUACCCAGUUCCAUUGACAAGUAAUUUACAAGUUAUACGUAUAUACAGUAUAAACAAGCAGGAAUCCACCAGUUACCAAAAAGGAGUGAACCUGAUAGAGUUCAUGAAAGAAAAUACUGUCGAAAAUACUAUCGAAAAACAAAAGGGGAUAAGUAAAAACCUCUGGCAGGAGAUCAACGCUAAAAAUUCAGCGAUUAUAUCUGCUUAUGAGGAAAUUAGCAAAGCAUAUAAAAGAGCAGAAAUAGCAACAAAUCAAUUGAAGACAGUUUUACCAGCCAAUACAAGUGUUGUAAUCCCGCAUGAAUCUUCAGGAAUUAAUGUCGUUCAACCACCAGCACCAAUAAUUAGAACAGAAAAUAUGGACUCAAGUCAACGGAAAAUUAUCAUUAUUAAAUCAUUGAUGGAAAUUCGUCAAGCGCAUAAGAAGGCAGGAAUUGCAAUAGAACAAUUAAGAGCUAUUUUGCCUAAAAACGAAUGUCAUAUAACACCACAAAUUUCAACAGAAAAUGGUUCAA